ACGCCACUCGCUCCCUCCGUUGGGCAGAGAGGCCGUGCCGGCGGCGGCGGGGCCAUGGCCACCUGCUGCUGCUGCUGCCGCCGUCGUCUGCCACUGCGCCCCAGCUCCCCCCGUCGUGGAUCAGCCGGGCCCGGUGGGCAGCCCUCCCGGGCGCCCCGCAGCUGAGCCGCGCAGGUUGCCUCCUCGGCCCAGCCGCCCGCCCGGACGGGCGCUUUAUGCGGCGGCGGCGGCGGCUGCUGCUGCUGCUGCUUCUUUUGCUGCUGCUGCUGCUGCUGCUGCUGCUGCUGCUGCUGCUGCGGGCGGGACCCCCUGGGGGCCGGCGCUGCUGCGUCCUCCGUCCCUCCGUCCGGGACUCCGGGUUGGAGAAGGGAAGUGCCGGAGGGGCCAGAAGCUGGAGAGAGCCGGCCCGGUGGGGACCGAAGAACUGCCUCUGCCAGCGCCGCCGGGGAAGGGAGAAGAUGCCAUUCCAUCAUGUUACAGCUGGAUUGUUGUACAAAGGAAACUACCUGAACCGAUCUCUCUCUGCUGGCAGUGACAGCGAUCAGUUGGCAAACAUCUCUGUGGAAGAGCUGGACGAAAUUCGUGAAGCUUUCCGAGUGCUGGAUCGUGAUGGCAAUGGCUUCAUCUCAAAACAGGAGCUGGGGAUGGCUAUGCGCUCUUUGGGCUAUAUGCCUAGUGAGGUGGAGUUAGCAAUUAUCAUGCAACGCCUUGACAUGGAUGGAGAUGGUCAAGUUGAUUUUGAUGAAUUCAUGACAAUCCUUGGACCAAAACUGGUGUCAUCGGAAGGGCGGGAUGGUUUUUUGGGAAACACAAUUGACAGCAUAUUCUGGCAGUUUGACAUGCAACGGAUAACACUGGAAGAGCUAAAACACAUCCUCUACCAUGCAUUUCAGGAUCAUCUAACAAUGAAAGACAUUGAAAACAUUAUCAUCAAUGAAGAGGAGAGCUUAAAUGAGAACUCUGGCAACUGUCAAACAGAAUUUGAAGUGCAUUCCCAGAAACAAAACAGACAGACGUGUGUACGGAAGAGCUUAAUAUGCGCUUUUGCUAUGGCCUUUAUUAUCAGUGUCAUGUUAAUUGCAGCCAAUCAGAUCCUCCGAAGUGGAAUGGAGUAACCAUAACACUGUGAAUUAAAACUAUCCAUGCAUGCGCAUGCUGCUGGGUGAUCUUUCUCCCUGAUCAACUUUAAAUGGGCAAAAUUGAAAACUGCACAUGAGAGAGAGAGAGAGACUGCAAAGAAGAAUGGACCAGCAGAGGACCAAAGGCACACCAUGUCUUGUAAAUCAACUCUAUUCUCUUGGCAGGGAUAUAUAAGGGCUGACUUAAUGCUUUAAUGGUUUUUUUGUUUCUUAAUGCAAUAAAAAAAACCCUGUUAGA